AUGAAAUGCGUUCUGUUCCUGUACUCUGAAAGCGACAGCGCUAAAGCAGAACAGCUGAAGGAUUAUUUACAAGGCAAGCUGCGAAAAGUGGCAGAUUUACGAAAUAUUACUGAUAUUCUGGCAGAGGAGCAGGAUUUUAAGAAAGAACUUUCUCGCAGCAGCUGCGUCGUUUUGACAGGAUCGCGUCAUGCUUCGUCACUCAUUCAAAACAAACGCCAAGAAACCGAAGAUGAUUUUAUCACUUUCGACGGUAAAGAGAUACAUGAUGCGUUCACAGGAAACAAAGAACUGCUAGACAGAUUGGUGAUAGUGUUCUUUACGGAGAGAAACAAGAAUGAUUGGAUCCCAACCGGUUUGGAUGAAAGUAGAAUUUUCUACCUGCCAGGGGAAAAAAUUCAGAGAGGAAAUCCUUCCUUAGACCAUCUCGAAGAUUGCAUCAAUCUU